GUCGUGGAAUCCGAAGGCGCCAGCCAGACACAGAGGCGGACAUGACUCCAGCGACUCAGCAGUGGUGGGGGAGUCCGAGUCCGAGUCCGAGACCCAACCGACGGGGUGCGAGGGUGCGUUGGGGGCGCACGAACGGUUCUCCUCCGGCGGCGAUUCCCCUCUGCUCUCCUCCUCCUGGUAGUAAAGGUCCCCCGACCUUCCGCAAACGGCAAGUUCCCUUGUCCCGAGGAGGGGCGAAGUCGGAACCGUUGUUGAGCCGUGGUGGCAUGCUCCGAGCGAGCCCGCGUCGGUUACGGUAGUGGCUAGCGAGGAUCACAGGCAAAAAUAUGCAAAAAGAAAGCCCGAUGCGGGGGUCGAACCCGCAACCUUUUGAUGUCUUGCAUAAGAGUCAAACGCUCUACCGAUUGAGCUAACCAGGCAUUUCUUGUGCAUUUUUCUGCCCUGAUUAUUAUGCAGAGUCUUGAGUUG